UGAGAGUGUUGUACUGGAAAAAAUAAAAACUAGCGUCAAAUUUGCACUCCAAAUUGAUGAAUCAACAGACAUAUGUGGGAAUGCUCAGCUAUUAGCAAACGUGCGCUGUGGAUGGUGAAAUCAUCAGAGAGAAUUUUUAUUUUUGCAAAGAGUUGCCAUCAAAAACAACAGGAGAGGAAAUAUUUCGGGUGACAUCCGAUUACAUUGAACAAGGAGGACUAAAAUGGGAAAACUGCGUGAGUGUGUGUACCGACGGAGCAGCAUCCAUGACUGGGAAUACCAAGGGAUUCGUCAGUAGAGUCAAAGAAAAAAAUCCGAACGUCACGGUCACGCACUGUUUUUUGCAUCGCGAGGCACUUGUUGCCAAGACGUUACCAAAGGAGCUGUCGAAUGUGUUGGAUGGUGCAGUGCGUAUUUUCAACUUUAUAAAAACAAGGCCUUUGAAAAGCGGACUAUUUGCUAUCUUAUGUGAGGAGAUGGGGGCAGACCAUAAGACUUUAUUGCUUCAUACGGAGGUCCGAUGGCUGUCCCGUGGUAAACUUUUGUCGCGUGUGUACGAACUGAGGGAACAACUGAAAACCUUCUUAACAGCGGAAAAAUCGGAGUACGCAUUGCUGUUGGCAGAUGAGGAAUGGUGUGCACGGUUGGCAUACAUGGCGGACAUUUUUGCACACCUCAAUGAACUGAACACACGAAUGCAAGGGAGAAAUGAAAAUGUACUAACUAGCACAGACAAACUGCAUGGAUUCAGAUCAAAGCUUGCCCUCUGGCGACAACAUGUGGAAAAAGGCUCUCUUGAGAUGUUUCCCCUUGCCCAAACUGGACAUUCAGACAACUUUGCGGCAUUGUGUGAGGUAAUUUGUAAGCAUCUAUCAACUCUCGAAGAAAAAUUCUCUUUUUAUUUCCCCUUAACAUCACCUGAAGCCUUUGACUGGGUUCGAGACCCAUUUAGCUCAUCUGCAAUGGAUAACGCAAAUGGACUGUCGCUGCAGCAACAAGAGCAGCUCACUGAAAUGAGACAGGACCGUGGUUUGAAAAUUACAUUCAGUGACCUACCUCUGGACAGUUUCUGGUUGACUGCUGCCAAAGAGUACCCAGUCAUUGCAGACAGUGCAAUCUCAGUGUUGUUAUCUUUUUCCACAACCUACUUAUGUGAGCUCAGCUUUUCCAGUUUGACUUAUAUAAAGAACAAAAAUAGAGAAAGAUUGAGAGCAGUUGACCAAGAGCUCCGUGUGUCGUUGUCAUCAAUUCCAGCGAGGAUAUCAUCUUUGUGUUCAUCAAAACAAGCUCAAGUUUCACAUUGACAUCAUAUGUGAGUACUACGUUUAUUAUAAUAUGCUGUCUUAAGCAAUUUAAAGCAAUGCAGUUUUGUGCAAUUUUGUUAUAUUUUAGUGGUUAAUGUGAUGCUGGUGUGCCGUGAAAUUUUUUGCAAAUUAAAACUGUGCCGCGGCAGAAAAAAGGUUGGGAAACACUGGUCUAAGACACUGGAUUUUGGGUGCCUUAAUAAUGCCAUAAUACUGUGGGAUGUAACUAGAAAUGUUGGCUCUCUGUUAAACACUUCGUGGGAUUUACUUUAAUCGACUUAAUGCGCAAAAUAUAAACAUGACCUCGGUGGUUUUGGUUAUGUACUAUUUUGUCGUGUGUAUAUGCGCGUUUCUUCACUUAAAAAUUAAUGUCAUUAACAUUUUAGCCGAUCAUGUUGCCUCUGUAAUCUCUGCAUCUGUUUUCUGUUGUGGAGGUGGGGCGCACGCACGCACGCAAAACUAUAUUAUUAUGACAAAUGCCCACCCAUACUACAGUCGUGAUAUUUAAACAUUUUUGCAUAUUUUCUCUCACAUUGUCCUUAUCACUUGAGCUAAUAGGCUACUAAUGUUAGCGCACUCUUGUCGGCAAGAU